GAUGCAACACUGGAUGAUCCUGGCGUCUGCGCACCGGGACCCGCCUCACAACACUGAAGCUUCACUCAUAGGCAUAACUAUAGUUCAUUAGAUUAUUCAGAUUUACUCAGAAUUUGAAAGUGACUCUCCUUGUCUGAAAACAAUUUUACCGUGUAAUUAAACCCUUGCAGUCAAGGUUUAGAAGAAGUAAAUAUAAACCAAUAUGAGAGGUGAGCAAGCAGAGGAAGACGAAGGCGGAGGUGGAGUGAGGCCCCGCUGGUUCAGCAGGAGCUGCUGGAGGAGCCUCGCUCACCAGCCGGCGAGGUCUGGUGGGAGGCUCUCUGCGGCCUCACUCACCACCUGCAUCCUCAUCCUCGCCUGUUGCACCUGUGUUACUUGCCGCUCUGUCGUCAUACACUCCACCUCGUCCGCCGCCCACAACAACCCGAGUGACAAUGUCUUUGACCUUCCAGUUCGUGGCUUCAAACUCCCUACUAACUUUAACAAGUCAAAAAUGGAAAACGCAGUUGGUAUUGCUGCUACUAAUACUUCAGUUGAGACGUCUGGUUCCAUUGGUGACCAAGUUGGUAUUGGCGCUACUAAUACUUCAGUUGAGACGUCUGGUUCCAUUGGUGACCAAGUUGGUAUUGGCGCUACUAAUACUUCAGUUGAGACGUCUGGUUCCAUUGGUGACCAAGUUGGUAUUGGCGCUACUAAUACUUCAGUUGAGACGUCUGGUUCCAUUGGUGACCAAGUUGGUAUUGGCGCUACUAAUACUUCAGUUGAGAUGUCUGGUUCCAUUGGUGACCAACGUUUCUUCUAUGAUCUAGAGGGAGACACCUGGACGAGGGCGGCCUCUCCUCAACAACCACCCAAGGCGAGGCGAGCCAUUGAGUCAUUAACUGUCAACACCGCAAAUGCUUCUACUGCGACCCUCUCCUCCGCCACCCACCACAGCCACGAGUCUAAAACUAUUAUGAAUCUUCUCAACUCACCGACGCCGUCUCUCGCCAGUCCUGCGGACUCGACGUCCCUUACAGGUGAACCAACACCGACCUCCUCCCUCACUACUGUAACUGAACUAACAGGAACCUCCUCCUUCACUACAGUAACAGAACAAACAGUGACCUCCCACACUACUGUAACUGAGCCAACAGCGACCUCCUCCCAAACUACUCGACUGUAA